AUGAGUAUAACAUGAGCAGAAAUAUAGGUUUUCGGUGUACGGGGCUGAAUAACGUACGUCGUAAGCAGGGUGGCAGCUGUCUCAUUCUUGUCAUUUUCCCUGCCUGGCAUUCCAGCUGUCUGAUGUCAUUGCCUCUAAAUCUGCCGUGUAUCACGCCGCUGUUGAAGAGCUAAUCAAACUUUUAUAAAGAAAUACAACCGUUGAAGCUCAUACAGGACCUGAAGAAAAUAUUAUAUUUUAUGAAAAUGUUCAUAGUUUUGUUUGUCUAUGUAAAUCAACAUAAUAGGAAAACGGUUGUGUAAAAAAAGAGGAUAAUAUAGAUCCGCGGAUGUAGAGCUUCAUACAGACUUGUUGCUCUUUCGGCAGGAAGUGAAGCACGUCGUUAGCUGAGUUGGUUUUCUGUAUGCAGCUUCCAAACUAAACCUUUUCGAUAUUUGACAUAACUAUCACCUAUAAUGACUGGCGGCAGCUUUGGAUAUGCACAAUUUACAAAUGGACUAAUUUGCUUUUGGCGGAAAUCAAUAAGGGAUACAUGUAUCCAACUCAUGGAUGGCCUCUUAUCCACUACAUUUUUGAUGGGCAAAGUUUAGAGACAACGGGACAUAUAUUUCUGGAUCAAGGAAAUACUCCUUGCCAAAGGACUUUGAAACAUGCCCUUGCCAUUCGGCUUAAAACUCAAAAGAACUCGAAGGUAUACUGUCUCAAGCAAGAGCUGUCUGGUCACACGCAUUCAGCUGCUCAAUGGUGAAUUUGUUGAGUUUACUCUUUCUGUGGAGAGCACCGGCCAGGAAUGUUUGGAGGCAGUUGCACAGAGACUCGAGUUACGAGAGAUAACGUACUUCAGCCUAUGGUACUUCAACAAGCAGAACCAGCAGCGUUGGAUCGAUCUGGAGAAGCCCCUGAAGAAGCAGCUGGACAAGUAUGGCCUGGAGCCCACCGUCUACUUCGGCGUGGUCUUCUACGUGCCCACCGUAGGCCAACUGCAGCAGGAGAUCACUAGAUAUCAGUAUUAUCUCCAGUUGAAGAAGGAUGUUCUCGAAGGCCGAAUCCCUUGCUCUAUAGAACAGGCCAUCCGCCUGGCUGGCUUGGCAGUGCAAGCUGACUUCGGAGACUUCAAUCGUUACGAUUCGCAGGAGUUUCUUCAGAAGUUUGUGCUCUUUCCUAUCGGCUGGAUCCAGGAUGAGAGAGUACUGGAAGAGGCCACUCAGAAAGUGGCUGUGCUUUACCAGAACUACAGGGGGUUGCCUGCCCCAGAGGCUGAGAUGUUGUACAUGCAGGAGGUGGAGAAGAUGGAGGGCUAUGGCCAGGAGAGUACCCCAGCCAAGGACAGCCAAGGCACUGAUAUCCUCCUUGGGGCCUGUCUGGAUGGCAUUUUUGUCAAGCACAAAAACGGCAGGCCACCCCUUGUAUUCAAGUGGAAUGAAAUUAACAACAUGACUCACAAUAAGUCCUUCUUUGCCCUGGAGCUGACCAACAAAGAGGAGAGCGUGCAGUUCCAGACUGAAGACCUGGAAACCUCCAAAUAUGUGUGCCGGAUGUGUCUGGCCAGGCACAAGUUUUAUAAGAUUAACAAGAGCAGCCUAGAGGAGUCUGACCCCCCUUCGCCUUCUGAGGGCUCCCAGAAGUCCAUUCUCACUCUUUCCUUUCCUCGCUUUCCUUUUCUGCCUUCUAACAAGGGCCAAACCCAGCCAACCGCUGUGAACCCAGUGAGACGCCGGUCCUCCACCAGGAUGUCUCUGCCAAAGCCCCCGCCCUACAUGUUGCCCCCGCCACAGAUGCACUACAAUGGUCACUUCACUGAGCCUUACACAUCCUCACAAGACAACCUGUACAUGAACAGUCAGCACGGCUACUACUACCACUCUCAGACCAGCCUGGACCGCUCACCACUCGAGUACGGCAACAGCGGCGGUGGGAACGGGCGGCUGCGUAACGGCAGCGUGUACAGCGCCCACAGCACCAGCUCCCUCACCAACCCCCAGCACUACAUGCAGCCCUCGCCCAUGUCCUCCAACCCUUCCAUCACAGGAAGUGACAUCACCCGGCCCGACUACGUGCCCUCGCACCGCCACAGCGCACUCAUCCCCCCCUCUUACCGUGCCACCCCGGACUACGAGACGGUCAUGAGGCAGAAGAACCGGGGAGGUGGAGGAGGGAUGGUGCAUGGCCACGAGCACCGCCAGAGCCACUCCAUGAGGAACCUGAACAUUGGGAACUCGUAUGCCUACAGCAGGCCGGACCCCCUGGUCUACAGCCAGCCGGAGAUCAGAGGAGAGCAUGGUGGAGGAGGAGCGCACCACCACUACCCUUUCCACCUCAACUCCAGCUUCCACAGCCCCUCGCCGUACCCCUACCCCACGGAGAGGAGGCCUGUGGUGGGGGCGGUUAGUGUGCCCGAGCUGACAAACGUCCAGCUGCAGCAGGCGCAGGAGUAUCCUGCAGCCAAUAUCAUGAGGACCCAAGUGUACCGCCCUCCACCACCCUACCCAUACGGCGCCCACCCACGGCCCGCCAACAGCACGCCGGACCUGUCUCGCCACCUGUAUGUGAGCAGCAGCAACCCGGACCUGAUCAUUACGCGGCGCGUGCACCACUCGGUCCAGACCUUCCAGGAGGACAGUUUGCCUGUAGCCCACUCCCUGCAGGAGGUAUCCGAGCCCCUGUUCCUGGCUGGACCCCAACAACACCACCCCCACCAACACAACGCACACAAACGCAACUCCAUCGAGAUUGCCGGCCUGGCUUACAGCCUGGAGGGUAUGAGGGUCAAGGAAAGGACUGUAUCUGCCUCAGCUGCAGACACCCCCCAUCUGGUCCCUCAUGGCUCCUCAGGCUCCCAGCUCAACGUGUUCCUGGAGCGGACCAAGUCAGAGGACGGGGGGGAGGGGAAAGAGGAUGUUCGCUACGGCCACAAGAAGUCCCUGUCAGACGCCACCAUGCUGGUGCACAGCAGCGAGGAAGAGGAGUUUGAGGAUGAGAGCGGACGCCACACACCCCAAUCCCACGAUGCACUAUUGUCCGGGCCUGACCCGCAGCAGCUUCUAACCAAUCUGGGACAGAUUCCCCUGGAGCCCCCGCCCGCAUAUCCCAUUGGCUCCUUCCUUGACCCUGUCCUGUCUGGUCUCCCGGCCUAUCAGGUGCACCCACUGAUCCAGGAGGCGGAGUCACUGUACCUGUUUGAGGGCGGACAGACUGGCAGGAUGGUGCCCUCGAUGUCGGAUAGUGACAUCAGUGGGCAGAACAAACCGAAGACCAAGAAGGAUUUCAUCAAGAAGAGGCCUGUGUCAGACGUUCCUGCUGGGAAGAAACCCAUUGAUGGCCUGCCUCCUGCCGGCAUGAAGAAGCGGGCUGAGCUGAAGAAGAUGGGUCCCCUGAAGGUGGCGGCCCUCAACGGCCUGACCCUGUCCAGGCUGCCCAUGCACGAGGGAGGCAAGGACCAACCUGAGAAGGCCUCCAACGACGAGAGGUGUAAGGUGCUGGAGCAGCGCAUGGAGCAGGGCAUGGUGUUCACAGAGUACGAGCAGGUGGCCAAGCGGCGUCCGACAGGCGACUGCAGCAUCGCCCAGCUGCCGGAGAGCGGCGAGAGGAAUCGCUUCCAGGAUGUGCUGCCCUACGACGACACGCGUGUGGAGCUGGUGCCCACCAAGGAGAACAACACAGGCUACAUCAACGCCUCGCACAUCAGGAUUACGGUGGGUGGAGACGAGUGGAGCUACAUCGCCUCCCAGGGCCCUCUUUCGAACACCUGUCUGGACUUCUGGCAAAUGGUGUGGGAGCAGGGUGUGGCCAUCAUCGCCAUGGUUACAGCUGAAGAGGAGGGUGGCAGGGAAAAGAGUUUCCGCUACUGGCCACGGCUGGGCUCUCGCCACAACACGGUGACAUACGGACGCUUUAAGAUCACUACGCGCUUCAGGACGGACUCGGGCUGCUAUGCCACCACGGGCCUGAAGAUCAAACACCUGCUGACGGGCCAUGAGCGCACCGUAUGGCACCUGCAGUACACAGACUGGCCCGACCACGGCUGCCCCGAGGACUUCAAAGGCUUCCUCUCGUACCUGGAGGAGAUCCAGUCAGUGAGGAGACACACCAACAGCACCAGCGACCCAAAGAAUACCAACCUACCCGUGCUGGUCCACUGUAGUGCUGGAGUGGGCCGCACCGGGGUGGUCAUACUCACUGAGAUUAUGAUCGCCUGUCUGGAACACAACGAGAUGCUGGACGUCCCGACCGUCCUGAACAUGCUCCGGCAGCAACGCAUGAUGAUGGUGCAGACCAUCUCACAAUACACCUUCAUUUACAAAGUCCUUAUCCAGUUCCUUCGCAACUCCAGGCUAAUCUAAGCGUAACCCUCAGCAGCCCCCCCCAAAGGUUUGUGUCGGCCACGAGGAAGCAUCUGUGGCUCUUAGCUCCAAAAUGAUGGUGCUGGUGGAUGGUCCUUUUUCGAAGUGUUAAUGGAGGCGUGACUGCGAUAAAACCUGACAAUGAAAGGAUCGCAUGACUUUGUGCGUGUCCCCCUCUUGAACAGUAUUAAUGAGAUUUGACUGUAGGAUUUUUACACUACACAAUUACUGACAUGAAACCCAGCACUUGAAACCCAGACAUGAAACCCAGCACUCUGAUUAUUGUAUAUCAAUAUCAUUAAUUACAGAUAUUUGUUUAUCACAGAUUUUUAGUUUUGACGAUUUGUGUGCUGUGCUGGAUGAUGGUCUUUAUAAAGGACUUGACUAAUGUUUUGAUUGAGAAUUCCUGAAGGAAGUUAAAAUCACACUUUGAUUAUGUUGGACUACUGUUUGUUGACCGUGGAAGAUGAGAAUGGCCACUUUUUUAAAUGAAGGGCAUCUUUGGUGAACUGCACUUGUAUCUAAGGAGUGUAGAUGUGUUUCCAUGUCUCUACUGUGGUGGUUUAGGAUUUCUCCUUUGCUCUUAUUUGGCUUAGCAAUAGGCCUGACACUAAGACCAUGUAUUGAUUUAUAAGUGGGGUUAAUUUUAUGUUCCCCCGAUGGUACCACAAACCUCACUUUGGGGAAAACUGGGUAUUUGUAACCAAAGAGCUAAAGUCAUUCAAUAGCUACACACAUCAUGUUGAGUUAUUCAGGUGUCUACCAAAGAAUCUUUACUGUUAAACACAAACACACAUUGAGGUAUUUGAACAUAACUGGAAUUGAUGGUAUUACAUUAGCACCCCCAUUCUGUCUCUCCCAUAUAGCACUAUAGCAGAUGUGGCUCACACAUAAUGUGCAAUCCGCAGUUGAUAUAAUAACUAAGUGUUUUCCCCGCCACUGUUUUGGUAAAAAGAUGAGGAAUGGGACUGGAGAAAUGUAACCACUCUCAAAUUCAUAGACCGAGCCAUGUGUGCAAGGACUGACCAUCCAUGAUAUCAAAAUUAUAGUUUGAACCAUGUUUUGAGGCUAUACCGUGUUUGUUUACAUUGGCUUUUACAUUUACUUUGUUUACAAACAUUGGAGUAAAACCAGCUUAUAUUUUAAGGUCUGAUGGGAUAACGGCAGUUGAACUAAGCUCAUGAUGCAUUUAUACGUUUUAUAUUCUUCAAGAAUCAAUGGGCACAUUAAUUUGUAAGUAAAAAAAAAAAAAUAACGGAUGUAGUAACUGCAGAUGAACCCUUCAGUACAUUCCAUUCUAACUGAUGUGUGCCUAAAUGGUUGGUGGACUCUGGGAUAAGACUGUUUCAAUUGAAAAAGGAUAUGCAGUCGCAAAGUAUUCAGACCCCUUGACUUUUUCCACAUUUUGUUACGUUACAGUCUUAUUCUAAAAUUGAUUAAAUAGAUUUUCCCCCCUCAAUCUACAUACAAUACUCCAUAAUGACAAAGCAAAAACAGGUUUAGACAUUUUAUUUAAAAAAAAUGUAAUCACAUUUACAUAGUAAGAAAAUAUUAAGAUGGGCAAAAGAACACAGACACUGGACAGAGGAACUGCAUAGAAGGCCAGCAUCCCGGAGUCGCCUCUUCACUGUUGACGUUGACACGGGUGUUUUUCAGGUACUAUUUAAUGAUGCUGCCAGUUGAGGACUUGUGAGGUGUCUGUUUCUCAAACUAGACACUCUAAUGUACUUGUCCUCUUGCUCAGUUGUGCACCGGGGCCUCCCACUCUUUCUAUUUUGGUUAGAGCCAGUUUGAUCUGUUCUGUGAAGGGAGUAGUACACAGCGUUGUGAGAGUGCUUCAGUUUCUUGGCAAUUUGUCACAUGGAAUAGCCUUCAUUUCUCAGAAAAAGAAUAGACUGACGAGUUUCAGAAGAAAGUUAUUUGUUUUCAGGCCAUUUUGAGCCUGUAAUUGAACCCACAAACGCUGAUGCUCCAGAUACACAACUAGUCUAAAGAAGUUUUUUUUUUAUUGCUUCUUUAAUCAGGAAAACAGUUGUGUUAACAUAAUUGCAAAAGGGUUUUCUAAUGAUCAAUUAGCCUUUUAAAAUAAUAAACUUGGCUUAGCUAACACAACAUGCCAUUGGAACACAGGAGUGAUGGUUGCUGAUAAUGGGCCUAUGUAGAUACUCCAUUUAAAAUAAUUUCCAGCUACAGUAGUAACAAUGACUACACUGUAUUUCUGAUCAAUUUGAUGUUAUUUUAAUGGACAAAAAAUAUAUAUUUUCUUUCAAAAACAAGGACAUUUCUAAGUGACCCCAAGCUUUUGAACAGUAGUGUAACUAUUUAGUCAGACCCUUUACUCAGUACUUUGUUGAAGCAGCUUUGGCAGCGAUUACAUCCUCGAGUCUUCUUGGAUGUGAAGCUACAAGGUUGGCAGAGUGACCAUCGGGUUCUUGGUCACCUCCCUACGGACAAUUCCUUUGACCAUGGCUUGGUUUUUGCUCUGACAUGCACUGUCAACUGUGGGACCUUAUAUAGACAGGUGUGUGCCUUUCCAAAUCAUGGCCAAUUAAUUGAAUUUACUACAGGUGGACUCAAAUAAAGUUGUAGAAACAUCUCAAGGAUGAACAAUGGAAACAGAAUGCAUCUGAGCUUAAUUUUGAGUCUCAUAGCAAAGGGUCUGAAUACUUAUGUAAAUGACAUAUCUGUUAAAAAAAACACUUUGUUAUUGUGUAUAGAUUGAGAGAAAUGAUUUAAUCCAUUUUAGAAUAAGGCUGCAACAAAGGGGGGUCUGAAUACUUUCUGAAUGCACUGUAGGUCAGAAAGCAGUUUGUAAGGAGGUAGGUAAUUGAGACAUGGCCAUUGAUUGAUUACUUCAGUCAGAUUCAUGUGUACAAGAUGGGAAAAGGAUUGAGAAAUGAGGAGGAGAGGUUUGGUUUGUGGUGGAUGAUUGACAUAUUUCGCCGUUCAGAGACUGAACGCUGCUGAUCCAUACUAAUUUAAACUGAGUGCCAUAACUAUUGUUGAGGAAAUACCCCUUUACAGCGAGCUUUCUUUAUAUCUGGAAAAUAAGUGCCUGCAUAUAUAUAUAUUUUUAAGUGUAGAAAUCUGCAUUGAAAGGGCUUUAUGUAUUGCACAUAUGAAGGAAACAGCACUGAUGGAAUUUGUGUUGUGAAUGACAAUCUUUAAAUUGCUGUGGUUUUUUUUCUUGCAUUGUUCGUAUCAGUUUCUUUUGACAUCAUAGUACCAUGAAGUAAUCUGUUCUACUCAUCUUAUGGAGAAACACGUGAUGUGUUCAAUGGCCCUCUUCACGGAGGCAACAUCCCAAUAGUAACAAAUAGCUUCCUUUCCUUGUCUCCUUUGAGUGCUAAAAUUGAAAGAACUUGAUUGGGUUAGAUCUUUUUAAUGUCACCUAUGUUCAUGGUCAAAAAGAGGCAAGGAAAAGCAAGUAUUUCAUGAGAAUUCAGACCUACACAUUCAUUGGAAAGCACAAAUCAUAUUUUGUCAUCCUGUUCCCUAGCAGUGCUUGGUAUGUUGAACUAAGUACCAUGGUCAUUAGUGUAAGGAGGUACGUGUCAGGGCUGUAUUACAGAUGUGUUUAGUGGACUAUGAUUGGUUCAGAGUAUCACUGGCAGCAGUUAUCCUGGGUACAGUGCUUGUUUUCACCCCAGUGAGACAUUUGGCCCACCUCUGCUACAGAGAGAGACACAUCCUGUUGUUAAAACAGGCCUAACCACAGUGACAACCAAUACAUGUUGGACCAGAGUUAAGAUCCUAUAUAUCAGGUCAAAUUGGUUCCCAAAUGGCACCCUAUUCCCUACUGUUCCCCACACUACCAUUGUCACUACCAUUGACAGGGGCGCAUAGAGGCUAUUUUCAAAAGUAGUGCACUAGAGAGUAGGGUGCCAUUUUUGGACUGUGAUCUUUUUGCUAGCCUAUAGCCACAUUACCUGUAAAGUAACUGUAAAGGGAUCUUUUUUUUAAAUGAAUUGCUGUCAGAAUUUCAGAAAGUAUUUUGACUGACAUGUAUAUCCUUAUGAGGACCAUCUGGUCAAAGCAGUCUAUCAGGAAUGAUGAUUCCAAAAGCAGAUUUUUGUCAAAGGAGUAAUAUUCUCUUCCAGAAAGGUGGGUUUUGAAUAAGAAUUUAAGUUGUUUAGGUGUGAAACUGUUUUAAACUUUUACCAUAUUUAUUAGAUUGAACUGGAAGAAACUCAUAACCCGUAAGUAAACUGAGUGGACAUUGGUUGGCUUAGAACAGAACUGGAUUUUAAAGGCCCUUGUACAUGCUGCUUUUUUUACAAUUUUUUUAAAAAGAUCAUGCUGA